AGAUCACCAGGCUAAACGGGGUUCCCCAUGUCUAGUCCAAUAUAUUUGGGACACCCUGUAUACCCUUGAAGGGAUCAACCUUGUCCCAGGAUUAAAGAGUUAGAUAAAUGUUUAGAUAACAGACAGCAGAUUAUUCACUUACAAUCCAAGAUGACGGUUUAUAUUAGGCAAUGGUUCCUACUCGGGGUACUUAUACAAUAUGGUUUACCAGCUGCCAUUGAUCAACAGUCAGCAGCACUCUCUGUGUCUAGAAGUCAGCUUCUUGACGCUAUUGAAGCAGUACGGAGUGCAACCACAGAGGAAGAGUUCAGAACAGCAGAAGCAGCGCUGCUGGUAGCCAUUGAAAAUGAUAAACUGAUUUCAGAUCCGGAUUUACUUGCGGCAUUAGCGCAGGAAAGAAGCGCGCGCAAAACAGCUGAUUCUACAUCUCUGGAGGAAUCAACAACUGAGUUUUCUACAGAAGGAAUGGCUGAUGAUCUUGUAGCGGCAAUAGAAGCUAUUCAUCAGGCCCAGGAGGAGGGGACAGAGAUAGACCUGAAGAGGGCUGAGGCUGCUCUUAUGGCUGCUAUCCAAGGGGAUGGCUUGGUUGUAAAUCCAGAUCUAUUUGAUGCAUUAGAUGUGAAAAGACCAAUACGAAAUAUCGGAAGUGAAAAUUUGAACAUGAAAACUUCAACUUGGAUGGGUUCUGAUUUAACAGAAAUCAACUUUACAACAGCAAGUUAUGAGGAUGUUGAGAUAACAUCCAGGACAAACAGUUUUGACAUCUCGAAUAUGAUUAAUAUAAAAACCUCUCAUAUGGAUUUGUCUGAAGUAAUGGCUAAAGAGUUAGUCAACACCUCUACAGAAUCCAUAGAAGCAGUAGAUGAGAACCAUGAAACUGAACAGACAACAGAUAUCUUCCAAGAAGCCUUAGAGACAACUGCUUUCUCUUCAGAAGUUGCAGAAACAACUGCUAAUUCCAUUGAAGAGGAGAAAGUUGAUAAUUCCGAAGAAUCAAGAACUUAUUAUCCUAUAGUUGAAGAAACAACAAACAUAAGUUCUGACAAGUCAACAACUUUUAGGCUUGAUAUUAAAGAAGAUACUGAUUCUUUAAACACAGCUAAGUUUGAAGAGUCUUUUGAAACAACAAACUCUCAAAGAAUAGAUGAAAUGACAACUGAAACUUCCGCAAUGACAACAAACCCACAUGGCAGAAGUGAAUUGACAACUGAAAAACAUGAAGCUUCUGAUAUGACAACCGAAAAUCAUGAAGCUUCUGAUAUGACAACGGAAAAUCAUAAAGCUUCUGAUAUGACAAUGGAAAAUCUUAAAGCCUCUGAUAUGACAACCGAAAAUCAUAAAGCUUCUGAUAUGACAACUGAAAAUCAUAAAGCAUCUGAUAUGAUGACCAAAAAUCAUGAAGCUUCUGAAAUGACAACCGAAAAUCAUAAAGCUUCUGAUAUGAACAACUCUCUAGAAAUCAGUGAAAUUAUUGCAGAAAUCCAAGAAACUACAAUUGACCCUAUUCCAGGUUCUGAGCCUUCAAUAAUUUUCCAAGAGGAAACAGAAAAAACAACCAUUGACCCAAUUGUUGCUAGGGAGGCACCAGAACUUCAAAUCUUUCAGGAAGACCUGGACAUAAACGAAACGGAAAAAGAAACAACUGCCUCCUCAAUGAGUGAGACAACACAAACAGAUGCCAAGGAAGUCAAUGAAGAUAUCUUUGUAAGUGAAGUAGCAGAUAUCAACUGCAGUAAUGAGAAGCGCAGAUUUGAUCCCUCAGGGAUUAUCACGGAUCCUAGUUCAACAGAAGAAGCUGGUUCCUUUAAUGAAUAUGAUUAUCCAGAAAGCAGAACUCCAGCACCAGCAUUGGCUCAAGACUAUUGGACCCCAAGCGUUGAGCAAUCCUAUGAAUCGGAACAAUCUCAAUCAGAAAAUGAGCUGAGCAAGUAUAGUUCUGAUUACCUUGAUGAAAUCCAAACUGCUUGGGAGCAAGAAGUCGUUCAUGCUGAACUUGAAAACCAUCAAUCAACAGAGGAAAUUAUUGAUUAUGUUCCCGUGGAUGUUUUCACUUUUCCAACCAAGACUCAGAACGUAUUUGAUGAUUAUGAUGAAGAGGCAAGGAUAGCUUCCUACCUGGAGAUCAAUGAUGCUAUUGCAGCGCUUAAUGAAUUGAGCAAUUCCCAAAUCCCUGCUGUCAACAACUCUGCUGAGAAUGAAGAGGAGAACCUGGGAUCUGAGGAUAUUGUUGAUGUGAUCCGGAACUUUAUAUCAGAACAAGAUCCACUGUUAGAACUAUUCCUAUCCGUCUGCUUUGUUCAUCCAAACUGUGUUCAGUUGGAGACUCCAUUGCCAGUAUCUGAGCUGGGAGCAGAAGGAAGGGAUAUUCUCAUUCAAUUACAGGAGAGGCGAAGUGAGUCUGCUCGACUAUCAUUGUUGAAGAAAAUGGACUCCGUACAUUUAAAAAACAAGCAGUACAUGUUCCAGGUGAUAGGUGAAGAAGUAGGGAGGAGGGGAGUUUCAAUUGCAGCAACUAAAAAUAUUAUAGAUGCAGUAAAGGCUGUUUGGGAGUCUGUAAAGAAGGAUCUUGAUUACGUUGUAUUCAGCAUUCAUGAGAUAUUCUCCUCUCAAUUACCAACAUCACCCGCCAGAAGAAUAGGUAUUGCGCAGAUAGCGGAUAUAUUGCCGCGUAUUCCUGAACAUGUUCUAGUUCAGUACAAAGACGCAGCAGCACAUGGAUACUCCAGGUACAGGGAAUAUGCCUCUUGGGACUCCUGGAAGAAAUCCACGAGGCACUAGAGUUUAUAAUUACACGCGGCAUUGAAAUUGAACAGCUGAUGCGUACCGCGGACCUUCUACAUUCUGGUGUAGCGUGAAAUUGUGUCCCCGUUGUAUGUGAUCCACCUAGUCCAGUAGUCCUAUACCUUUUUGAUCCAAAUUUAUUAUCAGUUAAUAACCUUUUUAACUGCUCUAUAAUCAUACCCAACAUAAAAUAUUAUAGUUUUCGUCGCUCAACCCAACAAUGAGAAUACAUGUAUGGGCACACUAGGUGUCCCACUAAACAGGCCAGUGAGACACGACUUAAUAAAGGUCAUCUUUGAGCUUUGAAAUGAUCUACAAAAUUAUUGAAUUAAUAAACAAAAAAUUCCUCUUGUCCUGACAUCAAUGUAUGCCUCAAAUUAUCUCAAAGAGCAAAGUAGACAUUCAAGUUGUCUAUUAACUGUCAUGUUUCGUUGGACACUCUUAAUCUACAAAGAAUAUUUUUACCGUUCUUUUAUUGGACACUGUGAAAGGCCAACGCUGAUAAUAAGAUGUUAAAAGAAUAAAAUAAUUGAACUGUUAAGUGAUAAAAGUAAAUGACAACUGUAUUUAAUGAAAAUUGUGUUAGGUCUGUUCUGUUAUUCUUGCACAUUUUCUUAUUUAAUUCUUAUAUAAUGCAAAAAAAAAAUAUUCAGGAUUUUUUAUGCGGGACAUUAUUUCACGCUACAAUGGAGCUUCGGCGGGGAAUCUAUACAUGAAUAAUUCGUUCUCCUCGAUCCUUUCUAUUCUGUACAACUUUACACCAUGUACAACAUACAGCUGUACAUUUGAACAAUUAUACAAUUAGAAAUAUACAAUAAUAUUCUUUGCUCAGAACCAAUCAAAAUCUUGUAAAUAAACGUAUUACUUAUUUAUUUAAAAUUUAUGUAUCUACUUGAAUGAA